UCUUCAGUUUUUUCAGUGGGGUGGAUUUUGUUGCACGUUGGGUGGGCGAGUAUUUUAACCAGGUAUUCUGGUUAGUGGUUGCGGACGGUUUAUAAUUAAUUUAAAGUAAAAUAUAAAGUUUAUUGGUUUUCAUUUCUUAUUGCAAAGUGAGGCUUUCUCAUACAUAAAUACAGAUUGCAGUUGAAAGCGUGGCGAAUAUGAUACGAUUGUUAGCAACUACUUGCAAUCGCCAUUUUACACAGCAAUUGCCAAAAUUCCAACAAGUGCCUCAAACGCAGCUCAAUGGCAUACGCGAUUUUAGCGGUCAUUUGAAAAAUGCAAACAAACUCCUACGCACAGUGGAGCAGCAAGCGAGUAGAGCGGCGGAGAAGGGCGGAAAGCGAAUAUUAAAUACGCGACUUCUGCUGCUAAGCGGCUCUGGCGUCACGCUUAGUUUGGGCACACGCACAUAUCUAGCGUUUACGCGACAAGCGCAAUGUGAAGGUAACAGAUUAGCAGGUGUAAUACAAAAGACACUGCAACAAGAAGAUAACAAAUUCGAUUGGCGGCGGUUUUGGUCAUACUUAGAACCGCAUCUGUGGGAACUGCUCGGCGCUAUUGCUGCUGCUCUGAUUGUGGCUUUCAUCAAUAUACGAAUUCCCAAUCUUCUUGGUGAUUUGGUCAACACACUGGCGCGCUAUGCCAAUACCUAUGUGAAGGAUCCGCUACAUAAUUCAUUUUUCAGUGAUGUUCGACGCCCAGCGAGCAAUUUGCUCAGUUUGUAUUUCCUACAAUCGGGUUUUACGUUCGUGUACAUAUAUCUGCUUAGUCGGAUUGGUGAACGCUUAGCUUCCAAGCUGCGACAAGAUCUUUUUAAGCAGAUAAUUUUACAAGACAUAAGUUUCUUCGAUGCAAAUCGCACUGGUGAACUAGUGAAUCGUCUGACCGCUGAUGUGCAGGAUUUCAAAGCAUGCUUUAAGCAGUUCUUCUCGCAAGGUCUACGCAGUAUGGCUCAAUUGGUGGGCGGUGGCGUGUCAUUGUUCCUCAUAUCUCCGCAUAUGGCUGCCAUAGCGCUAGCGUCUGUACCUGUAGUUGUAGCCUUCAUGUCAUAUCUGGGGCGGAAGUUACGCAAUUUGAGCAAGGAUGCACAAGCGCAGUCGGAACGUGCUACGGCAGUGUGUGAAGAGGCCUUAUCCAAUAUACGCACCGUGCGCUCAAGCGCUUGUGAGUAUCGCGAGAUGCAGCUAUUCGAACAGGAAACAAAUGAAGCCGCUAGGUUGGCGCAAGAGCUCGGUUAUGGCAUUGCAAUAUUCCAAGGACUGACGAACUUCUUUCUCAAUGGUUUAGUGCUGACGACGCUUUUCAUGGGUGGCCAUCUCAUGUCCACCGAAAGCCUUUCACCAGGCGCUUUAAUGGCUUUUCUGGUUGCGUCUCAAGGUGUGCAACGUUCAUUGGCCCAAGGAUCAAUAUUGUUGGGCACCAUGAUACGAGGCAUGACUGCUGGUUCGCGUGUGUUUGAAUAUCUGCAACUGCAACCUAAAGUGGAACUGUUGCGUGGCUAUGAGAUUCCACACAAGCACCUUAAUGGUGAAAUCCGUUUCGAAAAUGUAUCAUUUGCAUACCCUUCCAGACCAGAUCAUGUGGUUUUAAAAGACUUCAACUUAAUAUUACGUCCCGGCCAAACAGUGGCGCUUGUAGGCGCUUCCGGUUCUGGCAAAUCAACGGUAGCUGCACUCGUUGAACGCUUUUAUGAGCCAACAUCUGGUAAUAUCAAACUUGAUGGUUACAAGCUCUCCGACAUUGGACCAUAUUGGUUGCGCGGCAACGUACUCGGUUUCAUCGAACAACAACCAAUACUUUUUGCCACAACAAUAUUGGAGAAUAUAAGAUACGGUCGUCCAGGCGCCAAAAAUGAAGAUAUUUAUGCCGCAGCAAAACUAUCACAAUCACAUGACUUCGUUAGCGCGCUGCCUGAUGGCUACGCUACGAAUGUUGGUGAGCGUGGCACUCAGUUGAGUGGUGGUCAGCGACAACGAAUUGCCAUAGCACGCGCAUUGCUUAAAAAUCCAAAAGUUCUUAUAUUAGAUGAAGCUACGAGCGCUUUGGACGCAACGAGUGAAGCCGAGGUACAGAAAGCUUUAGAUACAGCGGUACUUAAUCGAACGACAUUAGUGAUAGCACACCGGCUAUCGACCAUAAGGAAUGCAGACUUGAUUGUGGUGAUGGAACAUGGACGUAUAGUAGAGUCUGGCAGACACGAAGAGUUAAUGGCUAAACGUGGUUUGUACUACGACUUAGUGCGUCAACAAGAACGCCGAACUGUACAAGAACCUCAGGAAGAUGGAACAAACACUGCCGGUGGCGAUGAAAGCAGUUUUACUGCUAAUACCGAUCGCCCAAAUAUGCAACAAGGAUAAAAUUGGCAUAUUUACUUUUUAACACUAGACGACAAUACCUCUAAAGAUUCCUUCUAUUUUUUAAUAUGAUCCAAGAAGUGAAUUUACAUUAUUUAUUUCUGUACUUACAUAACAGGCUUGUAGUAGAAUAUUUGGUUUUUAUUGUUCUUUCUAAUUGGGUUUAUGUUUGAGUUGUAUCCUUUUUCAAUGAGAAUGACGUAUUGACUAAUGAAAUAAGUUAAAUUUAAGGCUAAAUAGCAAAGUAAUUGUUUGUAAGAUUAAUAUUUUAACAAUUGUUGGAAAUAAAAAAGGAAGUUGUUAAUAAUGUAAAA